AUGCAGAGAGCCUCGCGGCUGCAGAGGGAGCUGUCGCUGCUGGCUGCGGAGCCGCCGCCCGGCAUCGCCUGCUGGCAGCACCGCCACGGCCGGCUGCAGGAGCUGCGAGCCCAAAUUGUAGGAGGAGCAGACACAGCUUAUGAGAAGGGAGUCUUUGACCUGGAGAUAGUUGUUCCUGAGAGGUACCCCUUUGAGCCCCCCCAGAUUCGCUUCCUGACCCCCAUCUACCACCCCAACAUUGACUCUGCUGGAAGGAUUUGCUUGGAUGUGCUCAAGUUACCCCCAAAGGGUGCCUGGAGACCUUCCCUGAGCAUCUCCACCCUGCUGACCUCCAUACAGCUGCUGAUGGCAGAGCCCAACCCUGAUGACCCUCUCAUGGCAGACAUUUCCUCAGAGUUCAAGUACAACAGGCAGCUGUUCCUGCAGAAUGCCAGGGAGUGGACUCAGAAGUAUGCCAGCCAGGAGGCCAGGGCUGCCAGGCCCCUGGAGGAGAGCACAAACCACAGCCCCAGGAGCCCCAGGGCUGGCCCUGCCCCCCAGAAGAGGAAAGGGAAGGAGAGCAGCAAGGAGGAGAAGCAACCUCGGCUGGACUCCUGAGGGCCUUCUGCU